ACGCCAUCUCCAGACGUGACACUCAAGUCCAGCGCCAUCGCCUGCAACAAGACCCGAAACAUUCCCUUCAUCUUCCCUUUCCUUAUCCACAUAGACAUUGUCGCUCACUUCUCCCCUUCACUAUGUAUAUGCGCAUUCGGUAAUACCCCCUUCCUCAACACCUAAUCGUACGCGCAAGCUACCCCCCUAUCGCACCACCGGCAACCGCACGAGGACCCCGCGGGUCCACCCACACCCCCAAUGGCCGACGAAAAGCAUCUCUAUGAAGUCCACGAAGAUCCGCCAAUCCCCACCUACGAAGAAGCCACAUCCUCCCGCCCGUUAUCCCGCCUCGGCCCACAAGAAGUCAGCGACGAUGCAGAGCGGCAGACCCUCCUCGGGCACGAUCUUGGCUCGAGCUCGAAUUCGCGAAGACGGAAUGGAUACUACCACCCGCCUUCAGUGCAAUCGGCGCGGUCCAGCGAGGAUGAUAGUAGCGGGCUGGGAAGUCCGGUUGGGGAUGCCGAGGACGCGGCGCUGAGGCAGACAAUGGAAGAGAUGGAUAUUCUGGAUCCGGAAUCUGCAGACGACGGGCGCGCGCACAGGAACAGAUCGCGGGGCCGGUUUUCGAAGCGGUUUUACAGCAUCACGAACUCGUUCUCUAGCUUCCACCUCCCCCGGAUACCGUGGCCGUCAUUUGGCUUUGAGUGGUUAAAGUCGAAGCUUCCCUCGAUACCGCCGGAGUAUAAGCCGGGCUGGGCGGUAAUAGCAAGAUUAUGCGGACUGAUAGUGAUUAUCUCGCUGGUGUAUAUGCUGGUCGUGAGCGAGAUCGUGCCCAUGGGUGGAGGAGGGUUCGGGGCGCCGUUUAAUCCCGAGUGGGUCCGGCAGACGGCUCUACAGAACGUGGAAAACUGGAGGAUACAAGAGAACCUCAAGUAUAUCACAUCGUAUGACCAUGUCGGGGGAUCGGAAGGGAGCUACGUCCUCGGACAGUGGAUUCAGAGCAGGUUCAGGGAGUCGCAUAUGGAUACAUUGACCCACGAUGAAUACUAUGUGUACAUGAAUUAUCCCAAGGAAGGCGGCCGUCGAAUCGCAAUAGUCGACCCACCGGAGAAAGCUUGGGAAGCGAAGUUGGAAGAGAACUCGGUCUACAAUCCACCACGGCCGCAGACAGCUACGUUCCAUGGAUAUUCGGCGUCUGGGAAUGUUACUGGACCUCUAAUCUACGUCAAUUACGGACACAAGAAGGACUUCAAGACGCUCUGGGACAGCGGGAUCGACGUCCAAGGGGCGGUAGUUAUCAUGCGAUACUACGGCACACAGUCGGAUAGGGCUAUGAAGGUCAAAGCAGCGCAAGACGCAGGCGUUGCGGGCGUAAUCAUGUACUCCGACCCCGCUGAGGACGGCUUCAAGAAGGGCGACGUCUGGCCGAAUGGCCGCUGGAGGCCAGAAGACAGCGUGCAGCGAGGCUCCGUUGCUCUUUCAAACAUGAUCGUUGGCGACCCCCUUACCCCCGGACGAGCCAGCACCAAGGACGAGGAGCGCAUGCCCAAAGAUAAGAACCCGGCUUUGCCGACAAUUCCCAGCAUUCCCAUAUCAUGGAAGGAUGCGCAGAAACUUCUUCAGUCGAUAGAUGGCAUCGGCAAUGAAGGUUUCCCAGAGUGGAAAGGAGCUGUACCAGAUGUGGGCUAUUGGUCCGGACACCCCGACAAGUCGCCAAAGGUCAAUCUUCAGAACUUCCAAGAUGAGGUGGAGAAGCAGCGCGUUACGAACUUCUUUGGAUCUCUCAUUGGAACUGAGGACAAGGCCAAGAAGAUCAUCAUUGGAAACCACCGCGACUCAUGGUGCUUUGGGGCUGCAGACCCGGGCUCUGGAACCGCUGUCAUGCUCGAAGUUGCGCGUGUCCUGGGUGAGCUGCGUAUGCAAGGCUGGCGACCGUUGCGCACGAUCGAAUUUGCCUCCUGGGAUGCUGAAGAGUACAACAUGAUCGGCUCGACCGAGCACGUCGAAGCUAAUAUGGAGGAACUCCGCGCCAACGCAAUGGUAUACAUCAACGUCGAUGUAGGCGUCACCGGCGACAAGCUCUGGGCCAAUGGAUCUCCGAUCUUCCAGCACGCCUGGACACGGGUCCUCGACCGCUUGAUGGAUCCUCAUCAGAACAAAACACUGCUGGAACUUUGGGAACACGACAAUGGCAAGCUGGGUGGGCUGGGCGCCGGAAGCGACUAUGUUGCCUUCCAAGACAUGGCCGGCACCUCCUCUAUCGACUUUGGCUUCUCUGGCCCCGAACAUGGUGACAUGUACCACAGCUGCUACGAGACCUUCGAAUGGGUUGCCAAGUACGCCGACCCCGGCUUCGUCUACCACAACCUACUCGCGCAGAUCUGGGUCCUCUUCAUCCUCGAAUUCGCGCAGGAGCCGAUUAUGCCUCUCAAAAUCGACGAUUACGCCGCCGCUCUGCAAGCAGAAGGCCAAUCGCUUAUGGAUUGGACAGAAAAGACGGGCGCUAGCUUCGACAUUGGUAUCUUUCAGCCGCUCGCCGAUGCGCUUGCUCACUUUGCCGACAAGGCGAAGGAGUUUAUGGAGUGGGAGACGCUUUGGUAUAAUCAGGUUUAUGGCACAGGCGGCUUUGAGACGCAGGGGUUGACGGUGCAGAGGGUGGCGCAUAAUGCGAAGAUGGCGAGUUUUGAGACGGAUUUGCUAGACCUGCCGUAUGAUGAUGAUGACAAGGGCGAGCAUGGCCUCCCGGGCCGUGACCAAUACAAGCACAUCAUCUUCGGCCCUGAUGCCUAUGGCUCGGGCUAUGACUCUGCCAUCUUCCCGUUCGCAAGAGACGCCAUCGAGAAGAGGGACUGGAAGCUCGCGGAGAAGCAGAUCAAGAAGACGGCGGAUAUUUUGAAUAGGGCGAGCGAUAGAUUACUGCAUUGAGGGUAUCUUAUUUUACUAUUUGCACGGGUGGCGUAUGGCGUUCUGGGCGACAGAGCGACAGAGCGCAUCAAGGUCGGCUCCCACAGUCAGUGAUCUCUUAUAUAUGUGAUAUUAGUUAGGCUUUGAGCGUCGUCGUGGAAUGUAUAUCGCAACUUGCACACUGAAGAGUGCAUGUACAGAAAGGACU